UCGACAUGUAAUUCGGUAACCAACAAACUAGAGUUCUCCGCUUCAAGUCCUGAGCUGAGAUGCUUCCGCCAAAGCCAAGUCAAACCUUUCCCCUCCAUAUCCAUGUCUCCCACCCAAACACACAAACAGACCCUCUCGCUCUCCCUCCCAUUUCCUUCUUCUUCACACAAAAACCAUGACACUCAUCUCUCUCUUCUCUUUAACCUCCCCUAAACCUCCUUUCUCUCUCUAAAUCCCUUAAGCCUCUCUCUCUCUCUCUCUAUAUAUAUAUAUAUAUAUAUUCAUAAUGGCGAUCGUAACAGGAGAUCGUUAUCUAGAAAAACUAGUCAAAUUCGUUGAAGAACAAGCCGGUUCGUUAAUUGACGGGACCCUUGUCUUAAAGCUUAACCCAGCCGGUCUCCGCUACGUGAAUUCACGACUCGAAUCACUACAAGAGUUAGAGAAUUUAUUAUCCGGAGCUCCAGUUGAUUAUCUUCGCGCUUACGUUUCUGACCUCGGUGACCACCGUGCUCUCGAGCAGUUACGGCGGAUUCUCCGUUUGUUGACGGAGUUAAAGGUUGUUUCGGUUUUGCCUCCGCCGACGCGUGAUCCGACGCCGGUUUGUUUGGUUCCGUUUGGGAGAUUGAGGGUUUUGGAACUUAGAGGUUGUGAUUUGUCUACGUCGGCUGCGAAAGGGCUGCUUGAACUGAGACAUACUCUGGAGAAGAUUGUUUGCCACAAUUCUACUGACGCAUUACGGCAUGUAUUUGCUAGUAGGAUUGUGGAGAUAAAGGAGUCACCGCAAUGGAAUCGGUUGUCAUUUGUAUCGUGUGCGUGUAAUCGACUGAUUUUGAUGGAUGAGUCUUUGCAACUUCUUCCUGUUGUGGAAACUCUUGAUUUGAGUCGAAAUAAGUUUGCAAAGGUGGAUAAUUUGCGGAAGUGUACCAAAUUGAAGCACUUGGAUCUUGGGUUCAAUCAUCUGAGAUCAAUUGCACCCUUUUGUGAGAUCUCCUGUCACAUUGUUAAACUUGUUUUGAGGAACAAUGCCCUAACAACAUUACAUGGGCUUGAGAAUUUGAAAUCACUUGAAGCCCUUGAUGUGUCCUGUAAUAUUAUUUCUAAUUUCUCAGAGCUGGAGUUCCUUACUGGCCUCCCAUGUUUGCGAAACUUGUGGUUGGAAGGAAACCCUUUGUGCGGCGCCCGAUGGUAUCGGGCUCAAGUAUUCAGCUAUGUUGUUCAUCCAGAAGCAGUGAAGCUAGACGACCAAGAAAUCAGUGCAAGAGAGUUUUGGAAGAGGCAAAUCAUAAUUGCCAGGAGGCAGAAACGACCUACCAGCUUUGGAUUUUAUUCUCCUGCUAUGGGAGAUGAUGAAGGAGAUGGAAAUAUUAACAGGAAAAGGAGUAAAGUAUCUCGUCUUGCUUCAAUUGCAAAUAAAGAAGAGACCAUUUAUUUUUCCUCUGACCAAGAGUCUCCAUCUUUUGAUAAUGAGAUUCAAAGCAAAGAGGAGAAUGACAUAUCUGAAGAUGAAGCUGAAAUAGUUGAUCUGAUUAACAGAGUUGAGCUCAUGAAAAAGGAGUGUUCUACUCUUUGGUUGCGGGAAUUUAAGGACUGGAUGGAGCAUGUAUCAGAGAAUAUUGUGGAUUGCAGUAAAUAUUGUGGGGUUACAUUGCAUCAUGCAAAGGAAAAUCAUCCAACAAACAAGUCAACACUGAAGGACCAUUGUGAUAGUUCUAGAGAUUCUAUGGAUGAUCUUCAAGCUUCUGGAGAUGAGACCAGUGCAAAUCUCCUUGAGUCUAAUAGUUCAUUUGUUGAUACUGGUUCAUAUGGCGGGGUUCCUUUACCAGGGAUGGGGAACAUGAAUCUAAGACAGAAGCAUCAAAAGUCUCAUUUACAUGAAGGUUCUGGUAGUAUGUCUAUGCAAGGUAGAAGUUCCCACACAGGUAGCUCUACUGUCCAAGGAGUCCAUACAAUAGUUGGAAAUGGAAUCAUAUCACUGUUGACCACUCAUUCAUCUCCUGCAUAUCCUAUGUCUCCUCCUCAUUAUGAGGAGGACAUUUUGCAACGGCGCAACAACUUGGUGGAAGAAAUUUUGCAGCUAUCUGCAGAAUCCUAUUCAGUGGCAUCAUCUGACAAUAAUACUAGCUCUAGUGAUGAUUUAUAUGAAUUUGGAGAUUCAUCAUAUGAAGCUGCUAAAUCACAAAAUGAAGAGUAUUUGAAUCCCAAGGCUGGAGGGCAAUUAUCUUCUAAUCCUUUGAAGGAUCAAGGACACGGAAUCCAUCAUGUGAUGGAAAAUGACAGUUAUCUAAAUGAUUCACUAACCUCAAAUUCCACAAAAAUUUUGAGUUCAAACUCCAAUGAUUUCUCUGCUGGCUCUCAUGAUGGUGAAAAUGCUCAUUUUGCCAACCAAGAGGCUGAUUUGCUGGAGAAAGGAAAAAACAAAAGGAAACCAAGAAGAAUAGUCAUUUCUUUGCUAGAGAAUAUGGUUGGCAGGAUAGGGAGACCAGAAAAAUUAAAUGGAAAUGGGGAUACUUGUGGAGCUGAUUUGGUGGAUGAGCAAGGGGAACAAAUUGUCUGUGAGAGUGAUUUUCAUGUUACUGAUAAGAAACAGCUGCACACAAAUUCUUUUUCAACCCUGGAUGCUGUAAAUGUCAGUGGAUUCUCUGAUGAUUUUAUUGAGAAUUAUUUUAAUGAGAAAGUAGCAGAUUCCAGAAUUAAUGAAAGCUGUAGGAAUUAUGUGCGAUGUGAUUGCAUACUAGAGCCAGAAUCCAUGUACAGAGAAAGAGAAGUAGUUUUGUUGCUGAGCAGUGAAGACAAGCUGUAUGUACUGCUCAUUGAUGUAGCAUUUGAUGGAUCGGGAAGCAUUUUAAGUUUGCUGGGUUGGCACAGGGUUGAAGAUGUUAGAGAAGUUUUAGUUGGUAUAGGACUUCAGGUCGUGAGGGUAUACAUUGAAAGGGGAGCAACCUACCUGUUUCUAACACGGAGCAUUGAGAAGUCAAGGCAGUUACUUCAUAUCUUGCAAGUUUCUGGACCAUGCACAACAAAUAAUAAGUGUUUGCUGAAAAGUUUGGAGCAGGUUCAGGUUGAGUUGUUCGGGCAGCAAAUAUGUCGAGGUUUGAAACUGAGCAUAUUCCAAUAUUCUAUGGUGCUUUUCAGGCACAGGAAGAACGAAGAGGACUCGUGGCUUCCCAGAUCACUGUUUGUAAGUGGGGGGCAUGUGCUUUUGUGUAUUGAAGAUCUUAAGCAGUUCAGGAGUUCCUCAGUGGAUGCGUCUUCGCCUCCAUAUUUCUUGCUUGAUUCUUGUUGCUCCAUUAGUGAUGUGUCUGAGCUGGUUAUUGAGGCCAGGGAGAGCUGGUUUAUAACCUUAGCCCUUCAACAUGCCCCAAAAAGGUUCUGCCUAUCGUCCAAAUCUCAAAAGGAUAUCAAAACAAAUGACAAGGAUAACGAAGGUUCAAGUUCUCUGACAUGGAAGCUUAAGUGGUUCUCAAAAGAGAACCUAUUCAAUUUUGUGGCUUUGUUAAGGGCAAUUCAUGCAGGGGUAGCUGCGCUACCUAUGCUAGUAACAUAUACUCCGUGAUCCUUUUCUCCUGUACAAAGUGUAGAGUAUAGAACAAAGUAACUUGUCAUCAGCUCAGUUCUUGGUUGUCCAUGGAUUGCCUUCUUUAUUUCUUUUAUCCUAAGGAAACUGAUUUAUGUCUAUUAUGCCAUUGGCAAUGUGCAGCACUUAGAUUAAUAUGUUAUACACUCACCCGACUCUUGUUCUGUACAUAAUGAAGACCAAUUUUUGUUUUCUCGUAAGACGACGCCAAAAUUAUGAGGUUUCAGUUCAGCAUGACGCAUGAGAGGGAAAUGAUGUUAAGAAGGAAACAGACGGGUUCGAUGUCUCUUUAUCUCUUCACCGCUAUCGGGCUCGGCAUUUGCUCAGCAAAUUCCCACUUCGUUGAUGGGCUAUCUCUGCCUCAGGCACUUGGCUGGGUGUUUAUCUAGUUCUGCUACAAGCCAGCAGGUAUUUUUGCUUACUAGCAUACAGAACUUCAUAUUUUGGUAAAAUAACAUAGAUGCAAAAGGUACUGUUAAAGUAUCAUAAUUUGUGUUUGUCGUGAUUCUAAAAUGUAAUAUGUAAAUAAAUCGUGAUUGAAAACAUGAUAUGAUUUGAAAACGUGAGGUAAAGAAAAAGUGAUCGAAAA